AGUGCCGGUGAAUGCUGAUGCUUGGGGGCCCUGAAUUUGAAGGUGAUUGUCAUUAAUAACGGCUCAUAAAAAGCUGAUUUCGAGGCAGAAAUACUCUCGGUUUUUCUUCAUCUUGCUGACUGCAUUUGAAGAUUUUGAAGUUGAAGAUGGCGGCUGCAAUACAAUGGUUGGACAGGCUCAUUGAAGACAACGCAGACCCCAGGACGGCUGAAUGGCCUCUGAUGCAGAGCCCUAUCCCAGGUACCUCUAUGGUGAUUAUCUACCUUGUUGUUGUGUGGAUCGGCCCUAAGAUGAUGAAGGACCGCGCCCCUUACAGCCUGAAGCAUGUUCUUCUCGUCUUCAACCUAUUCAUGGUCAUCCUGUCCUUUUACACAUGUUGGGAGUUCAUAAUGGGUGGCUGGAUGACAGGGUACACACUAGGGUGUCAGCUAGUCGACUAUUCAACAAGUCCUAAAGCCAUGAGGAUGGCCAGUGUAUGUUGGGUAUUCUACGUCUCUAAGUUUAUUGAAAUGCUAGACACGGUAUUUUUCAUCUUGAGGAAGAAGAAUAACCAGAUAUCAUUCCUCCAUGUCUUCCACCACGCCCUCAUGCCAUUCACAUGGUGGAUCGGAGUCAAAUUUGUCCCAGGUGGCUUUGGGACUUUCCACGCUCUGCUGAAUUCCUUCAUCCAUUUCAUGAUGUACAUUUAUUACUUCCUCGCUGCUCUGGGACCAGCCUUCCAAAAGUUUCUAUGGUGGAAAAAGUACAUGACAACAAUGCAACUGACUCAGUUUGCCUUGUGUAUGAUCCACAGUGGGCAACUUCUUUUCAUCGAUUGUCCGUAUCCAAAGUUCUUUGCGAUCGUCAUCUGGUCCUAUGGCCUCAUAUUCUUUGUCAUGUUCAUGGACUUCUACCGUAAAACAUACAAGAAGAAGUCUGCACUUAGAAGUGGUGAACAGAAUGGUUUCGACAAGAGCAAGGACCAAUAAUGUACAUAUUAGGAUACUUAAUGUACAGUCCAUUAUAAGUCCGUAACCCACACCUGUGACAUCAUGCUAUUGUUAAAUGGCUCCAUUAUUUUACAGGAAUGGCGAGAUGGGUCCAAUUCACCCAUUGCCAGGAAUGGUGAGAUGGGUCCAAUUCACCCAUUGCCAGGAAUGGUGAGAUGGGUCCAAUUCACCCAUUGCCAGGAAUGGUGAGAUGGGUCCAAUUCACCCAUUGCCAGGAAUGGUGAGAUGGGUCCAAUUCACCCAUUGCCAGGAAUGGUGAGAUGGGUCCAAUUCACCCAUUGCCAGGAAUGGUGAGAUGGGUCCAAUUCACCCAUUGCGCCAGUUGUGCAAAGUAGUGAAGCUAAGUAAUUAAGUAAAUGACGUCAUAGACCAUGUUUUUAACACAAGUUAGAGCUACGCAAUGAUCGUAAAGACUUUAUUUCCACACGUGAACCAGCUACAUUACUAUUAUUAAGUAAAUGACGUCACAGACCAUGUUUUUAACACAAGUUAGAGCUACGCAAUGAUCAUAAAGACUUUAUUUCCACACAUGAACCAGCGACAUUACUAUUAUUUAGUUGAGACAUGUUAAAACAUGAUAACUACAACAGUCCUUUAAGCAGGUCACAAAGUCAGAUUAACAAAUUUCACUUUAACCAGUACUGUUUAAAAUUAAUUCAAAAUGCUGGUGGUGUUCACUGGAGUGAACAUACUUUUGUAAUACAUACAAACAAUUGACUAUAAAUUAAACAAUAUGGCGCCUUUCGUGUGAAGUAAUGGAGCGAUUUAACAAUAUAGCAUGAUGUCACAGGUGUGGGCUAAGUCACAUAAUGCCCUCGGUAUACGCACCAUUCGUGGGUACCAAUGGCCCUCGGGGUUCGCCCUCUGGUCAUGCGCACCCAUGAUUGGUGCGCACCUCGGGCAUUAUCCUAUCAGUAUUGUGUACUAGUUUGCUUCCAGUCUCUUUGCAGAUGAUAUUAUUGCUGUAAUCUUUUGAAAGAUCAUUUGCUGAAGUGCUAUGUAACACACACAUGCCUUGAAUCUAAACCUAGACUAGUGGAUAGGAAUUGAAGUUUGCUGCAUUGUGGCUUACUGUCUGAUUGUUAAAUUAUUGUAUAUGUGCACUUCAUCAGCUUGCAAUAUGUUGAGAGCAGCAUUUGAAGCAUAGUAUUACAGUGACAACCCGUCCCCAAUUGACUGAAUCAAAAAACCCAUUAUUGCUAUGAAAGUGACCAUCUUGUAGGGCAGGCUGUAAACACUUCUAAACGAGUACAUGAAUGAGGCAAGUAGCACACAGCCUUUCUGGUUUUAUUUCUCUGGCACACACACUCACACAUACGCCUUAUUGUAAGGCAGGUUUUGAAAUGGUGACGUCAUAUUUGAUGCAAUCUAUACAACCUUUUAGGCACAUACAAUGUACCUACUGACUGUACAUGUUAGUAACAUGUAGAAAUUGUUUAAACCUACAGCCCAGUAGUACGUUGCACACAACAGUAUUAAUAAAGAAAAACUCCUGUUGAAAGGUUUUAACGAUGCUCUGCACAGGGAAAUGUAAAUUAUAUUUAUGCGAUUCAUUUUAAAUUAUUGGAUAAUAAUGUAUAAAUAAACAUACAGUUUUUUUACAAUAUAUAUUUUGCAGAUAAACAGAUAAAAAGAAUUUCUCAAUUCUGAGAAACAUGCUUAUCUUGACUUAAAAAAAUGUAAUUCAUUUCCCAAAUGUUGAGAGUAAUGACUUUUGAUCAUUCAACCAUUGCUUGAUUGUGGAAUGUCCCUUUCUACCAAUUUUAAAGCCUGCUUAAAAGCGAACCACAAAUGGUCUCUGUGUUCUUACCCAUGAUGUUUAAAAAAAAUAUUGUUCAGAACAAUUUUGAUUUGAGCUCAGUACCUUUUAUAGGGAAGGUAUGUGUUGAUAAUCACUCUUAAAAUUAAAGGCAAUCAAAACUGACUUGGUUAGAAAGAGCAGCAGCAUUUGAAGAAUGAUUUCACCUUAAAGUAAUGUGGUUAUAGAAAAGAUAUCAGUAUUAUUCCCCCAAAAUUUGACUCAGAGAAGCGUUAAUGUCAGAUCUGUUUUAAAGAUUGUGUAUUCCAACUAUGGAUUAUUCUUCCUGCAUGAACAGGUAACUGCUCCGAUAUCUCGAAAAGGCUAUCACCUUUUGAAAUGAAAUUGUCUCAGUUUUUUUAAAUUGUAUAUAACUAAUAUUUACAUUUAUAAAGGAUUAAAACAAUCAAACAAUUCCAAAAACCAAAGGUACACUUUAGGCCGGAUUAUAGUCGGUUGCGUGGUGGAAAUAAAAAAGCACACAGUUUAUAAGCACACAGUUUAUAUGCCUCAGUGAUGACUAUAAAAUGUGUUUUUAGGAUCGCUUGUCAAGAUUUCCAUCGGCGACCGACUAUAAACUGGCCUUUACUCUUUAACAACCCUGAAGUAAUGGGAACACAAACUUUAGGCUUGGUAAUUUGUAUUUGCUAUUUCAAAUUCACAUUGCAACUGCUUUUGUAUAAAUGUAUCUUAUUUCAAUUUUUGUCAUUGAUUUAUAAAAAUUUUCUGGGGGGAGGAGCAGUGCUUUGAGGGCUUAGUGGCUGUAGAAGUAAGCUGCAUAAAGCCCGGUUCAUACUUCCUGCGAAUGCGAAGCGAAUUUGACGUGAAUUUGACGUCACAACUAUCCUUUCGCAGCGUGAUCGCAAGUGAGUUGAACAGAGCUGAACUGCUGCCAAUAUUCGCUGCAAUUUUUGUAACGUCAACAUUCGCUGCGCAUUCGCAUUCGCAGGAAGUAUGAACCGGGUUUAGUUGAAAGAAGAACCGAGCUAUCUUGCAAUGUUCCCUACUAGUUACCCAGUUUGUUCCUAUGACGGUCAUUCCCGAGGGACAACAGCGCCUUUAUUGUGUGUUUAACAUACAACUACGAAAGAACCUUGGGUUCGAGGGAACAGUGAAGAAUUAGUUUUGUUUUGAACAACUGCUCGUUCGCUUAUUAAACUUUGCCUACUCUGUUGUAUGUUUGAAGAUGACAACAGAGCGCCUCCUUAGAAGAGGAAUAUGUAACCAUGGUUUAACAAAACAAUAGGCCGAUCCAGUAGGCUCCGCCCACUACGCAUGUGCGAGAAGAACACGUGGAGCUCUCCAAUGCCUUUCUGCACAACUCUGCCGCGCGCCAAGCAUACGCGCACGUAUGUCGGACAUUAGUGUCGGACCUUCGUUGCGCUGUGAUUGAUCAAUACGCAUUGGGGCGGAGCUUAAUGGAUCGGUCUAUUGGUGCACGCUGUGACGGGAGUCCAUGGGUUUUGUCACCCUCCAGGGCAGAUGGCGCACUCAGGUGUACAAAACACCAUGGACCCCCGUCACGGCGUGCAACAAUUGUUUACUGUAUUAUAAUCAGUAGCACCUGCCCAGGGUUUUAUUUACAUAGUUCUGGGGUAGGUUAAAGACAAACAUUUUUUGGGCAAUUUUAAUAUUGCUUAAUGAGGAUAUCAAAAUAAUGCUUGGCAAUUUUCUGCUAAGCAAAAGUAAGCAGAAUACCAGUUACAGAAAAUGCAUGUGACAUGGUAUUUGGCUGGUCACCUUACUGUAGUAAGCUAGAUGAUGUUGUGCUUAGCAACUUUUUGUGCUUAAAGUCAGUGGACACUAUUGGGAAUUACUCAAAAUAAUUAUCAUC